AAUUUGCGAAAAUUUGAAAACACCCUUUAGCUUUGGCUUCAGGUGGUGCUGCUACACUGGUUCAAGCUAAAGUAACAGUUAUUUUAACUCUAAACAAAAUGGAGCAGCUCAACGAGGAGGACAUUAAAAUGUAUUUUUAUGAGAACAGACUCAAAACUUUCGAGGGGUGGCCAUUCGACGAAGACUGCUCGUGCACUCCGGAGAACAUGGCCAAAGCUGGCUUCAUUCACACCCCGUCAGAGAACAGCCCAGACAUCGCCAUGUGUUUCUUCUGCCUCAAAGAGCUGGAGGGCUGGGAGCCAGAGGACGACCCACAAAAGGAGCACAAAUCUCAUUCCCCAUCAUGCCACUUUAUCGCCCUGAAGAAGACCGUAGAGGAGCUGACUGUUGAGGAAUUCUUCAAACUACAGAAGGAGAGGCACAAGAUCAUCAUUAACAAAUCCUGUAAUGAGGCCAUCACCAAGUUUGAAGAGGCAGCCAAACUGAGAAGAGCAGAUAUCAUCAAGACAGCCAUGGGUGAAGAGUGACACGAGAAUAGAUGCAGAUGAAUGAGAUGGGCGGCGUGUGAGAGAAUAAUUGUAGCCGGCUGUCUGACUGGUUUCUCAAUGAACUUAUUUCCAUGUUUCUGUCAUGUACUCUUUGUAACACUGUGCAUCUGUCAUCUUUUUAUGUUCUCUGUCGUCAUGUUUGCUGUUUUUAUUCAUUAAACUUGUUCUUU